UACCAGAUGAGCAGGAGACGUCGGGCAGCAUCAUCUACACGGUGGAGCUGAAGCGGUACGGAGGCCCUCUGGGUAUCACCAUCUCAGGCACCGAGGAGCCCUUUGACCCCAUCAUCAUUUCAGGCCUAACCAAGAGAGGCCUGGCUGAGAGGACCGGGGCGAUCCACGUCGGGGACCGGAUCCUGGCGAUCAACAGCGUCAGUCUGAAAGGCAAACCGCUGAGCGAGGCCAUCCACCUGCUGCAGAUGGCCGGGGAGACGGUCACCCUGAAGAUCAAGAAGCAGCUCGACAACUCGGAGGAGAGGAAAGCAGCGGAUGCAGAGGACACGACAGAGAACGAGCUGAGCGACCCCGACGAGGACGAUUUGACGGACAGCCAACAGACCAGCAAGAUGUCCGAGCUCUACUCCACCACCAUUCCCAGCGUGGACUCUGCCAUGGAGUCCUGGGACGGCUCGGGGAUGGACGCGGGCUACGGCAGCCAGGGCACGUACAGUAACCAAGCUGUGGGCAUCACGCUCCACCCGCACGAGUGGCGCAGUGUGAAGCAGCAGCAGCAGCGCGGCGCCACGCCUCCUCCUGGACACCGGAAGAACUACCCCUUCAGCGAUGGAGGGUUCAGUGAAGACGACUGGGACAAACCACCGGGGUUCAUCGGCCAACAGCCGGACGGAAUUCUGUUGGAUCCCGAGGACAGCUUCUGGUGUCAGGCGCUCGAGGACCUGGAGACCUGCGGCCAAUCGGAGCUGCUCAGAGAGAUCGAGGCGUCCAUCAUGACAGGCACGGCCAUCAGUCUGGGCGUGGACGGCGUCAACAAGCCUCCACCUGAGCCGCUACUGAGCCACAACAGGAUGAGCCCCCUGCGGAGAAAUUCUCUCCUGCACCAGGGGAACCUCCUGCACCAGGGCACGCACCUCCACCAGGGGGCCCACCUGCAUGAGGAGGCCCACCUGCACGAAGAGGCCCAGCUUCACCAAGAAUCCCUCCUGCGCCAGGAGAUCCAUUUCAACCAGGAGGCCCUGCUGCACCACGACAACCAGUCCCCUCUCCUGCACCACGAUCCCAGACCCAAGGCGUCCCUGAGGGUGUCGGAGAGGACGUGGGAGUCCCGACGGAUUAAAGAGGAGAUGCAGGGUAUUCUGUCCCCGACGCCUCUGGAGCUGCACAAAGUGAGUUCAGAGCUGCCAGCGGUUCAGUGA